UCACUCCACCUUUCUCCAGAAUACAGAAUCACCAGGAUCAGUGGCGUCCCGAGGCAGGUGCGGGUGGUGCGCGCCGCACAGGGUGACACCUACCGCAUUGGGUGACACCGGACCCGCUCCUUGAAAAGGUACGUUGUAAAGCAAGCCAACGAUCCCUGCAGGAUGGAUCAGAUCUGCGGAUUGGGGAGCAUAAUAGAUCGGAGUCUGAUCCAUUAUGCUCAAUCUGCAGAUCUGAUCCAUUCUGCGGGGAUCGUCGGAGGGGGUGUCACCAAGUGUUAUCGCUCCAGGUGACACCAACCCUAG